AUGAACAGCUUCAACUUCAAUAGCGUGCAGCAUGUGUUGCACAUCAGCGGCAUUACCCGGCGCUCGGCAGCAGCAUCAGUGGGCUGCAGUGGCGACACACUCGCGGAAGUAGCGGCGGGUGAGCUGCAGACGACUAGCAGCAACGGGUUGCUUACCCAUUCUUCUGCCGAGGUGAGGUGGCACACGGAAGCAGCUGACAUGGCGGCAGCAGCUUCACUCGCCCGCCUGCAGCUCCACCUGCCAGCCUGCAGCAGCAGCUAA